ACUAGCCCCCACAUAUGUGACGACUAUUGUUUUUUUUCCUAUGAGAAGCCUCUGAGGACUUUUGCUGUUCCGACUGUUUUCAAUUGUGUUUGGUUUGCGAGAAAGUGAGACAGAAAGAGGAAGAAGUGGGCAGGAAAAAUGGCCGGAGGGGGUUUCGCUGUCGACGGCCAUGCCGGCAGCUUCAGCGGCAGAAUAACGGCAUCGGUCGUGAUCACAUGCAUCGUUGCAGCUUCUGGUGGCCUCAUUUUUGGCUAUGAUAUUGGGAUUUCAGGGGGUGUAACAACAAUGCGACCAUUUCUCCGUAAAUUCUUCCCGUCGAUACUGAAGAAGGCUGCCGAGGCCAAAACAAACGUGUAUUGCGUGUAUGACAGCCAGGUUUUGACAGCAUUCACAUCGUCCCUUUACUUAGCCGGGUUGGCGGCCUCCCUUGUGGCUAGUCGCAUCACGGCCGCCUUGGGCCGGAGAAACAUCAUGGUGGUGGGUGGUUGCACCUUCCUUGUUGGUGCUGCCAUCAAUGGUGGUGCUGAGAAUAUUGCUAUGCUAAUCGUAGGUCGUCUGUUGCUCGGUUUUGGUGUUGGUUUCACAAAUCAGGCAACUCCUGUAUACCUUUCCGAAAUGGCACCAUCCAAAUGGCGCGGCGCCUUCAACACCGGCUUCCAAUUCUUCAUCGGUAUCGGCGUUGUCACCGCCAACUGCCUAAACUACGGCACAGCUCGGCUCAGCUACGGCUGGCGUCUCUCCCUUGGCCUCGCCGUCAUCCCCGCCGCCAUCAUGACAGUGGGUGCACUCCUCAUCACGGACACCCCGAGCAGCCUCGUGGAGCGCGGGAAGCUAGACCAAGCCAAACAAUCCCUGAGGAAAGUCCGAGGAGUCGAGACCGACAUCGAGCCAGAGCUAGGCGAUCUUGUGAAGUCGAGCGAAAUGGCUAAAGCAGCCAAUCAAGAACCGUUUGUGACGAUAUUUGAGAGGCAAUAUAGGCCUCACCUGGUGAUGUCUAUUGCUAUACCGUUUUUUCAACAGGUUACUGGGAUUAAUAUCAUAGCCUUUUACGCGCCGGUUCUGUUUCAGUCAGUGGGGUUUGGAAAUGACUCGGCUUUAAUAGCGGCUAUUAUAUUGGGCUUAGUUAACCUUGGCUCCAUCCUUGUGUCUACUGUGGUUGUUGAUCGGUUCGGUCGUAGAUUUUUGUUCUUGCAGGGUGGCAUUCAAAUGUUCAUCUGUCAGGUUGCCCUCGCUUGCAUCCUAGCCGUAGAAACCGGUCUAACCGGAACAAAAAACCUCUCCAAGGGCAGCGCCAUAAUUGUGCUAGUCCUAAUGUGCAUCUAUGCAGCCGGUUUUGGUUGGUCAUGGGGACCUCUAAGCUGGCUCAUUCCCAGUGAAAUCUUCCCCAUGAAAAUCCGAACCACAGGUCAAAGCAUCAGCGUCGCAAUCAAUUUCGCCACCACUUUCGUGUUGUCCCAAACUUUCUUGGCCAUGCUAUGUCACUUCAAAUUCGGCGCUUUUCUUUUCUACGCUGGCUGGAUCGCCGUAAUGACAAUUUUUGUUCUACUUUUUGUGCCGGAAACUAAAGGGAUUCCUAUGAAUUCGAUGUAUGCCGUUUGGGAGAAGCAUUGGUACUGGAGUAGAUUUGUCAAGGCUCAGUUCUAGUUGUUAUUGAAUAUGACUUGAAUUUUUCUAAAUUAUUGGAAACAAAAAAAUCGAAUUUGUGGAUUAAGAUAUAUAAAAACUCCUUUGUAUGUGUACAAUGUUUUGACCAUGAUACCAUGUCAGUCCAUGUAAUCGAAAUUUAGGCACUUGUGAAAUUUACUUUCAUGAUAUGGUUGAAUUCAUUUUUAUCAAUAACA